AUGAAUUUUCAUUAACAAAUAUUUUUGAUAUUCACAACUGUUCUUCUAUACUUAGCUUAUAAUAUUUAUUAAGGAUUUGAAAUUAUUUCAAAAAGAAGUGUGUUAGCAUCAAUGAUAUUUAUAGUACAAUAUAGGUUAAUUCAAACCAAUUGAUCCUUUUGGUAAUGAAUAUGAAACCAUUUUUAGAAUAUAAUUAUGGUUAUCAAUCACAUUUAUAGUCAUCUUAGUCUUUUUAGCAUUUUAUAAUUAGAAAGAUGAUAGAUAUGUACAUCAUUCAAAUAACUUAAGCUAAUGAUUUUAGGAGAAAAUAGAUUAGGUAGCCUGUUACUAAGGAUAUUUAUAAAUAUGAUGAUAAUUGUAAUGGAUUAACAUUGUUGAUAAUUUAGAUCAUUAUUAUUGAUGUCAUGUAAUCAAUUGAUUAUUGGACACAUUUCUUUUUAGAGACUUUUUGUUUCUGAAUUUUUGGUCGAUCUUAGAUGAAAUUAUUGAAUAAUCUUGGUAACAUAAACCUCCACAUUAGACAAUGUUGGUGGGAUCAUAUAUUAUUAGGUAAUACAAUAACAAUUAUUAUUGGAAUGAUAAUUAUAAAGAAAUUUAUAUUUGUAAAAUACAGUUGAUUUACUAAAGAUACAUUUAAUAAUCCAUAAAAAUUUGAAGUUGUUCUUCUUGUUAUUAUUGAAAUAAUAAGAAACUUUUUUAAAUAAUUUCUUUUUAAUGAAUUAAUUAUGGGUACCUCCAGAUUGUUCAAUGAUUGUAUAUAGACUAUUAUUAUGGUUCAUGUUGGAAUAUUAAGCAUUCAGAGAACUUCAUAAUUAAAUAACUGAUUAAGAUUUAAUCAUAUCAAUUAAGAUAUCUAACCUUUUUUUAUUAAAGAUAUUUAAACAUUAAUAUCUAUUAAAUUUCUCUCUGAUUGUAGUAACCUACAAGAUGAAGUCAAUAUUUGAUUAUUGUUGGUUGAUUAUUAAUAUUGUAUCUUUUGGUUUGUGGAUUAAAUUAAAAUUGAAAUAUAUAGAAAUUUAUACAAGAGUAAAAAAGGUAAAGAUUUAAUAAAAGAAAGAUUGA